CCUCCACGUCGGUCACAAUCCACAUCCCAAAAUGCCCUCAGAAGAGACAAAAGAGAGAAUCAUCAAGGCCGUUGACCUGGCACGCAUUGUUGUCCACUAUGGCUGGAUUCCGUUCAUUAUCUACGUUGGCUACACGAGGAGCAAUCCCCAGCCGUCGCUGAUCAAGCUUAUCAGCCCACUUGCAUAAUCACGCCCGUAUACUUGUAUACUUAGUACGCACGACACCUUAAUUCGAGCUCCAUU